UUCCCGGACGCGCUCCUUCCUGCUGCUGCCAUUGGACAAAACACUUUGUCUAGCUCUGUGUUCUUACUUCUCAUUGGACACGCGGCUUUGCCAGAGCGCAGGAGAGCCGCCCUCUGCGCCUUUGAGAGAGAGAGAAAAAAAGACUCCUCCAGAAGUGAUUAUCAAUCAGAGAGAAGUGAGGGGGACAGAGAGAGAAAAAGACACGGAGUGGAAGCACGGAGAAACGCGUGAAGCAGCACACCGCAUCAAAAACACCGAGUCCUGCCGCGCUGCCAGGAUGACACAGUCCUUCAAAAGUUUGUCGCGGCGUUUCUAGUCACAGUUGGGAUUACUUUGGACACUUGGUGAGUUUGCGAUCCGCUGUAAACACUGACGUGUGCAUUUUUUCUUCUUCUUCUUUUUAUUUUUUUGAUUGUUUUGCUUUGCUGCGUUGGACGGACGGAGUGGGUUUUUCGCCGCUUCCCCCCACUUAGGGUGGAUUUUGUGAGAAAUGAGUGAAAGGAGGCGAUCUGCCGCAGCUCUGAGCUCUAGAGCCCACGCUUUUUCCGUGGAAGCCCUGAUCGGCUCCAACAAGAAGAGGAAGCUCCGGGGCUGGGAGGAGAAGGAGCUGGAGUUGUCCAUGGAGAGCCUCGCCACGGACGGAGAGGAUCCGGCGCACUGUCUGGAUAUGGAUCCCGACUCAGAGGCGAGUCCCGGCUCGGACGGAGAAGGUCUAGCCGAGAGGACGUCGUGUUCUUUCGGCUCAUCUGCCGAUCUGGCCCCGGGCCCCUGCGACCCGUCUCCCCCGGCCUCCAUGGAUGAGAUUCAGGUGGAGCUGCAGUGCGCGGACCUGUGGAAGCGCUUUCACGACAUCGGCACGGAGAUGAUCAUCACCAAAGCCGGCAGGAGGAUGUUUCCAGCCAUGCGUGUAAAGAUAGCAGGUCUGGACCCUCAUCAGCAGUACUACAUUGCCAUGGACAUAGUGCCUGUGGACAACAAGAGAUACAGGUAUGUGUACCACAGCUCCAAGUGGAUGGUGGCGGGAAACGCAGACUCUCCGGUUCCUCCGCGGGUCUACAUCCACCCAGAUUCUUUGGCCUCAGGGGACACGUGGAUGAGGCAGGUGGUCAGCUUUGACAAGCUCAAACUCACCAACAACGAGCUGGAUGACCAGGGGCAUAUCAUCCUCCACUCCAUGCACAAGUAUCAGCCUCGUGUUCAUGUCAUCAGGAAGGACUUCAGCAGUGAACUGUCUCCAAACAAACCAGUGCCCAGCGGGGAAGGAGUUAAGACCUUCAGCUUCCCUGAGACAGUCUUUACCACAGUCACUGCUUAUCAGAACCAGCAGAUUACCAGACUAAAGAUUGACCGCAACCCAUUUGCCAAAGGUUUCAGAGACUCUGGAAGAAACAGGACUGGCCUUGAGGCAAUCAUGGAAACAUAUGCUUUCUGGAGACCUCCAGUGAGGACACUCACAUUUGAAGACUUUACAAAUAUGCAGAAACAGCAAGGGGGCAGCACAGGCACUUCUCCUACCACCUCCAGCACAGGAACUCCAUCUCCCUCUAGUGCAGCACACCUCCUUUCUCCCUCCUGCUCCCCUCCAACCUUUCACUUGGCCCCUAACACCUUCAAUGUGGGCUGUAGGGAAAGUCAGCUUUGCAACCUGGGCCUGUCGGAGUACCCUGCCUGUGCUCGCAGCAACAUGGCGGCCCUACAGGGGUAUGGCGGCCUGGCUGAAAGUUCAUAUGGACGCCUCCAGGCUGCAGGGAGUGCUGUGGCGUCUGGUCAGCCCUCUGAAUCCUUUUUGCCACAGAGGACUUCCUCUUUGAUUGCUGCCGGCAUGCAGGGUGGCACUCACGCUUCCCUGACUGGCAGCGGCAGUGGUGGCGGCGGCGGGGGCAAAAUGGAUGGCUAUAGCGGUCAGCUCGGCUCAUUCCCAGCCUCUCAGCUUCAGUACGUGAUGCAAACCGGGGGAAGCUCCAGCUCAGCCUCGUCCUCUUCAUCCGGAUCCGCCCCUUCCUCUGCCCACAUGUUUGGUGGAAGCCACCACCACGUGCAGCAGGGCUCCUACAACGCUUUCUCCCUCCACAACCCUUACAAUUUGUACGGAUAUAACUUCCCCACUUCUCCUCGCCUGGCCGCCAGCCCCGAGAAACCCCAGGGCGGUUUGCUCUGCUCCUCCACUCCUGCAGGGGCAUUCGCCGAGCGCCAGUACUUGUCCAACGGAAGCAUGGACACCAUGCACAUGAUCGGCAACACCACCGGUGGCCAGCAAAGCAGCAGCUCUUGUGACGGACGUCAGUAUGGCUCCUCGUCUCAGAUGUCCAUGCACAUGGUGUAGGAACUCAGACCCAACCUUGCAGGGCGCCACGUUUUUAAUGUCUUCAAUAUGAAAAGUAAAUCUACAAACCUGGUUUGGUGUUAAGUUUGAACCAGUGUUUUCACAUGAAGGAUAGAUAUACUGAGGUACAAAGGAAGCUUUCAGAAAAAGGACGUCCUCUCAACAUUUUGUUUUUAAAGAUACUUACAGUGGAAGACAAAAAUAUUAUUUAAUUAUCUUUGUAUUAAUGAAGGACGGCAACUUGACAGCAAUGAAACAACAACCUCAUUCAGAUCAGUGUUAUAAGAAGUGGCAGUGUACUUACUCUGGUACAGAGGGGAUUAUCAGUUGUGAGUGUCAUUGUGCAAUAGAAGCAACAGGUUCUUCAAAAUGACUUGAUUUUUUGGGGACUCAAAUGUCAUCUGCUCUUCCUGCCAUUCUGUAACCAAAGAACCUUCUAUGUGAUACAGAGGGUUUUUACUUCACUCGGCACUUGUGCCAUAUUAGCUUGGGAAUGCCAAAGUGUCAGUGGUUGCUGACAAAAUCCACAGUUUUUGGCUGGAAUGAAAUAGACAACUGGACCGGAUCACCGAAUGACUCUCUGCUCCACGUACAUGCAGGAGAGAAACUGGUGCAUGCUGUGGGAGAUGGUGAAAACACACAAAUCUGGUAAUUGUUGCAAGAGUUCACUGAGGAACUUUUGCUUCAUCCUGAAAAUGCCAGCAUAUAUGCACAUUAGAAAUCAGGACUUCACCACGCAACUCAACCUUUUCUCCUCUAAGACUGGAUUGGUUAUUUUUUGAGUGGAUUCUGUUUUAAAUAUAUAUAUAAAUAUAUGUAUAAGAUGGCGAAUGCAAUCAAUAACAUAAGCUUAAAAAGUUGUUGUGUGACAAAAAGUAAGCAAUAGCAGCACAGAGUAAAGUAUGUUGUGACGUGUAUUACAGAUGUGUAUUUAAGUGCUGAACAGUAUAGCAAUUUUACAGGACAAUCUGUUAUUAAAAUGUGUGAAAAAGGGGAAAUAGCAAAGUAAUUCUUUUUUUUGUGAAACAUUUUAAAAAAAUGUAAAUACAAGUGCCAAGCACCUAAAAAACAAACAAACAAACAAAAAAAGAAACCCUCAAUAAACGUUUUAAUUCAUUUACAUGGGUUGGAUUUCUUCCCUCUCUGUGAACAGUACAGGCAAUUAUUCUGGAAAAUUAAGAACAUACGACAUUUUCUAAUUCAGAUGAAAAAAAUGCGUCUUUGUUAGUAACAUAUAGACUGUAAAUAAGGACUUGACAAGGUUCCUAGUUUGAAUCCCAGCUGAACCCUUUCUGUGUGGAGUUUGCAUGCUCUUUCUCUUCUCUGUGGGAUUCCUGUGGAUACUCCAGCUUUUCUCAAAAGUGCAAAGACGUGCAUGUUUUAAAGAGACCACAGCUUUGAGGUAGAUACAGUCUUGUAAAUAUAUAUAAUAAAGCACUGUACAGUUAAAAUGUAACUUAAACUUUAAGUGAUCACUAAAUGCAAGCACGUUGCAUUACAUUAAUUCACUUAUUCGUUUGCGCGUUAAAGUCUUAAUUUGAGCAUUUUGGCUGUUGACAACUUGUGUUUUCAGUGCAGGAUGUGAGAAUAUUUAAAGGAGAAGCAGAGUGUUAAAUGAUCAUAUUACGCUAACAUGCUUGAUUGUGAAGUGCUUCCAGAGACUGGACUGGAUUUGACCGACACUGAUACCGUUUAAACGGUUGAAUGUGGUUCCACGGUGGUCCUACAGACAAGUGUCCUUUUUCAUGAGGUGUUUUUGAUCUUUCACAUUUUUUUCUCAUUAAAUUUGCUGUAGUUAGUGCAGUAAGUAACAUCCUUAUAAAGUACAACAAUCUAUCUCACUUCUUAGAUAGCACAAAUGUCUAAGACUGUGACUCUUGAGUACAAAGCACUGCAUAGCAGGCCAUACUAUUUGUUAGAUUACAUAAAAAAGGCUUUAAAGGUCACCUACAGCACAAAUGCAAAUGAGAGGUCCAGUUUAGUGACCUGAAUUAGCAGAUGGUUGUAGUUAUAUGGACAAAAAGAUGCAUAAUUUUAAGCCUUAAUACAACUUCCCUCUUUCCACCCCAACCGACCCGCACACCCACCUUGCUGUUGUUAUGAAGCAGGGAAGCUGGCUACAGACCAAGCGCCUGUUUUGUGCCAAGCUGUAAACAUAGUUAUUCUGUAAAAUGGAAAUCUAUCUGGAUCGGCCUGUUUUACAGCCUCAAGUGGCCAUUUGAACAACUGUAACUUUUAGCUCUUUCACAGCGUUUUGACUUAAUUUGGUGGUUCCCGCUUGGUCAUACGCCUCAAACUCAGAGGAAACAGGAGUUGCGCAUAAGCAAAACAAAUUAGACUGUUUAAAGUAGGUAAUCAACAGAAUAAUGAUGCUUUUACUCACCACAUGUUCUGUAUUUCACAGCUAUAUACUGAUUAACUCUUGGAAAUGACUGAUAAAUAUCAUCUAAGAAGCAUGCCAUUUUGAAUGGAGCUUGACAUUCUAUCCACGAGAGCUGAUUUGCCAGUCGCAGCCUCUUGGCCACAAUAGCAACAAAUGGCGUGAUUAUUAAUCACGCAAGAGAGUGUUCUCUGCUUAUAAAACACACACAUCUGCUCCGCUCCACAUCACAGGCACGGGCUUCAAACGCUGACGCAAUGCAUCGAUCAUAAACCAAAACUGGGAGAAAAAGACCCCAAGAAAAAGACGAUUUUUCUCCCUGCUGGUUCUGUUUAUUAUGAGAAUGAAGA